UUGUUCCUUAGAAAUGCAAAUAAAUUCUAAUUUUGGAAGCUCCUGUUUGUGCACUGUGUGGAAAUGGGGCUUAGGUGAAUUAGGGGGUCCUGGGGAACAUGCCCAUCUCAGCAGAGAACAGAGGUCCUGUCCCGGUUGGUGCCCCCGCACACCUGGCCAGGGCCCACCCGGCAAGGUGACCCAAGCACAGCUAAGGGAGGGUACUGAGCCCCACCUGCACCUGUGGAGGGUGGGAGCAAAAGGCCCUUCUGCUGGUGGGUGCUGGGUGGGUUCAUGCUCAUAUUCUGUUCCUCUAGGAAGGGUGGUCCUCUGUCCAGUGCUGGGUCUCUGUCCUCCAUGGCUUGAGUCAGGCGCAGGUUGGGUGCUGGAACCCCAGGUCUGGCUGGGCACAGUGAGGAGGAGCAGACAGGCCGAUGGUCGAAAAGUCCUGAGGUCAAGUAUCCGUGAGUUCCUGUGCAGCGAGGCCAUGUUCCAUCUGGGGGUCCCCACCACCCGGGCUGGGGCCUGUGUCACAUCCAAAUCCACAGUGUUGCGAGACGUAUUCUAUGAUGGUAAUCCAAAAUAUGAAAAGUGCACAGUUGUGUUGCGUAUAGCUCCCACUUUCAUAAGGUUUGGAUCCUUUGAGAUCUUUAAGCCGGCUGAUGAGCACACAGGGCGUGCAGGCCCCAGCGUAGAGCGGAAUGACAUCCGAGUCCAGCUGCUCGAUUAUGUGAUCAGCUCUUUCUACCCUGAAAUCCAGGCUGCCCACAACUGCAACAGUGAUCGUGUGCUGAGGAAUGCUGCCUUCUUCCGGGAGGUCACAAGACGCACAGCCCGGAUGGUGGCUGAGUGGCAGUGUGUGGGCUUCUGUCAUGGUGUGCUGAACACUGACAACAUGAGCAUCGUGGGGCUCACCAUCGACUAUGGGCCCUUCGGCUUCCUUGACAGAUAUGACCCUGACCAUGUGUGCAAUGCCUCUGACAACACCGGGCGCUACACAUACAGCAAGCAGCCUGAGGUGUGCAAGUGGAACCUGCAGAAGCUGGCAGAGGCACUGGAGCCCGAACUGCCCCUUGUCCUGGGCAAGGCCAUUGUGGCUGAGGAGUUCGACACCGAGUUCCAGAAGCACUACCUGCAAAAGAUGCGCAGGAAGUUGGGCCUGGUGUGGGGCGAGCGGGAGGAGGACAGCACCCUGGUGGUCAAGCUCCUGGAGACCAUGCACCUGACUGGGGCUGACUUCACCAACACUUUCUGCUUGCUGAGCUCCUUCCCAGCUGAGCCAGAGGCACCAGACCUGGCUGAGUUCCUGAGUGCGUUGGCCUCACAGUGCACCUCCCUGGAGGAGCUGCAGCUGGCCUAUCGGCCCCAGAUGGACCCACGCCAGCUCUCCAUGAUGCUGAUGCUGGCCCAGUCCAACCCGCAGCUCUUUGCACUCAUCGGCACCCAGGCCAACAUUACCAAGGAGCUGGAGUGCAUGGAGCAGCAGUCUCAGCUGCAGCGCCUGACCUUGGAGGAGCUACAGAGCCGCAACAGCACACACUGGGCUGCUUGGCUGCAAGACUACAGAGCCCGGCUGGACAAGGACAGAGAAGAUGCCGGUGACACUGCCACCUGGCAAGCAGAGCGUACGCGUGUGAUGCACGCCAGCAACCCUAAGUACGUCCUGCGGAACUACAUUGCACAGAACGCCAUCGAGGCUGCUGAGAACGGGGACUUCUCAGAGGUGCAGCGGGUACUGAAGCUGCUGGAGUCUCCUUACCGCCCAGAGGGAGAGCUUGCUGAGGCUCCCACGGCCACAGGCCCUGAUACGGCUGCCUCAGAAGCCAGCAGGCAGCCGUCCUACAGCAGCAAACCUCCACUCUGGGCAGCUGAGCUCUGCGUGACAUGAUCCUCAUAGCAGCCUGGGGGAUCCUCCACACCCCGGGAGUUUCCUGAGGCCACUCGCACUGCUCAGACUAUGGCCAGCCCUGCACUCUUCAUGACGGCAGACACAUCUAGUCAGGACCUGACCUGUUUCUGUCCGAUGCUAGGUCAGCAGUGCUACCCUGGUCCAGUGGCCACAAGGACAAGGGCCCCACCAAGUGCUUGUGGGUGAGGGUAGCAGGCCUCUGAAUAAAUCAGCAUCUUCA